CGAACCACCGCGAGGUUCAGACGAUCAGUUCGUGGUGGUGGAAUUGUGGCUCAAAGGUGAAAGGUUCCAAACAUUGUUCCCGAACUGUUUCACCGUGACCCGCGACCGAGCAAGAUGAACUGGCCGAAAGUGUGGGGCUUCGUGCAGCGCAACCUGCUCACGCUACUUACCAUCCUCGGGGUAGCGAUCGGCAUCGCGCUCGGCCUGGGGCUGCGGAACGUGCCGGCGGAGGGUGAAACGUGGUCACCCCGGAAUGUGAUGUACAUCAACUACGUCGGCGAUCUGUUUCUGCGCAUGCUGAAAGCGUUGAUCCUGCCGCUGAUCGUAUCGUCGCUGAUCGCCGCCGUCGGAUCGCUGGAUCUGUCGCUGUCGAAGAAGAUCGGUGGCCUGGCCGUUCUGUACUACAUGGCCACCACCGUGCUGGCGGUCAUAUUGGGCAUCGUGCUCGUGAUUACGAUCAAACCCGGGAGUGACCGGGAAGCGGAAGAAACCACGGAAAGCUCGCUGGAGCGUAACGUCACGACGGUCGACACGCUGCUCGAUCUGGUGCGUAAUAUGUUCCCACCGAACCUGGUGCAAUCGUGCCUGCAGCAGUACCAGACCGUGCUAACUCCUCCGCCCGGCCGGCCGGACGAACCCGACAUCUACGAGUGGGUGGUGGGCGGCAGUUACAGCGAGGGCAUGAACAUUCUCGGGCUGGUGGUGGCGUCGAUCGUGUUCGGGGUGGCACUCGGGGCCACGAAGCAGGAGAACGCGUUGGUGCUAAGCUUUUUCCUCCAGCUGUCCCACAUCGUGAUGAAGGUCACCGGCUGGGUGAUUUGGCUCUCGCCGGUUGGAGUUACCUUUCUGAUUGCGUCUAAGAUUUUGGAAAUCGAAGACCUUGGCGAAAUGUUUGGCAAGCUGGGCAUCUACUUUGCGGUCGUCGCCGGUGGCAUUCUGUUCCACGGGUUCGUGGUGCUCUCGCUACUCUUUUUGCUGUUCACGCGCCAAAACCCGCUCCGGUUCAUUGCGAACAUGGGCCAGGCGUUGGCCACGGCCUUCGGCACCUCGUCCAGCUCGGCCACGCUGCCCGUCACGAUGCAGUGCCUGGAGGAGAAGAACCACAUCGAUCAGCGCGUGUCACGGUUCGUGCUACCGAUCGGGGCCACGAUCAACAUGGACGGGACGGCGCUGUACGAGGCGGUGGCUGCCAUUUUCAUCGCCCAACUGCGAGGCCUAUCGCUGUCCUUCGGUAACGUGCUCGCGAUCAGUAUUACGGCCACAGCCGCCAGUAUAGGAGCCGCCGGUAUUCCGCAGGCCGGUCUGGUGACGCUCGUGAUGGUGCUAGACACGGUCGGGUUGCCGGCCGAAGACGUGUCACUCAUUAUUGCCGUCGAUUGGUUGCUCGAUCGCUUCCGGACGUUGGUGAACGUGCUGGGCGAUAGCUUCGGAGCCGCUAUCGUGUACCACUUCAGCAAAGCGGACCUCGACGGCCUAAAGCCGCAGGACCUCAACGAGUCGCAGCACACGGAGCUCGAUCUGGAGCUGGCGAAUCGCGACGAUGGGACGCCGAUCGAUAAGAACAGCCGACUGUAGACGGUUUCGGGGAGGGCUAAUUUCAUUGAGCCAAUUGCCGGAAAUUGAGACUCGGCCGUUAUCUUUCGCCCGCCGUAAAUUUAUUACCGACGACUGAAGCGCCUGAGCGCGUCACGCGAAUCGUUUGUUCGUUUUUACUCAGUUCUACUUUGUUUUAUAUACAUGCACAAUAGCUACGAUAAGAUGAAACUAGGUUGUAGUAAAGUGAAAUGUUUGUCAUCUGAUACGGGCUCCGUUCGGGGUGCUAUCGGGGGGCCUUCCGGGCAACCCGGCGAGUGUGUUGCCAUUAGAUGUAACGUUAACGUAAUUAUACGAGCUUUUCUUUUUUGAAGAGGAAAAUAAAUAUUUUCUUACACUUUCCCGA